GUGUAUAGUGUGUGAGAUUUCGCUUAGGUGUAGAGGGUGGUUUCACAAGGGUAAGCACCCGGAAAAUUGAGCUAAAUUUCAGAGCGGAGGUGUCUGUAGACUUUCAAACUGUCCACCACACGCGGGAGACGGUCAUGCACUCACAGCUGAGAACCCCGCCCAUUGAGCGAUACCCCCACUCCCCUCAGCUCGAAGGAUGCAUCUACCCCGCUCGCUCGAGGGGUACAGAUACCCCGCAGUCCCCGCAAUCCGUGGAGCCCACCGCGCACGCUACGGCUUCGAAGCUCAAUCCUUGGACGACAUAUCAUAUUCCACCCGUUUCCUCGCCUCACGAUGUCCGCAAGAAAACAGAUCUACUAUGAGCCGCUCCACAAGCUUUCCAAAGGCAUCAUUGAUCUCACCGGCUGCGCAACCCCCCAGCGGUUCCGCUGGGUCGACGCCGCUGCACUAGUCGACGACAAUUACCUCCGCAUCGUCGAGUCCGACCAGACCGACGAGUCUGCCCUCGACGAGAUCCCCUAUGCGUCGAUAUCGUACGUGUGGAGGGGCGAGGCGCACGUGUGCGAUCCCGGGUGUCUCGGGACCUUCCGCGUGGUCGGCAAGCGGGGGCCGACGGCAGAUCCGAUCAGCAUCGACGUACUGCGGACGGCGGCGAUAGCGGCGCGCGACCUCGGCGCGGCGUACCUAUGGCUCGACCGGCUGUGCAUCAUGCAGGCCGUCCGCGACGACAAGGACUGGCAGAUCAUGAACAUGGGCGACAUCUACCGGUGCUCCACGACGUGUCUGAUCUUUCCCGGCGGGGUGCAGCGGCUCGUCGCGCUCGACGAGGAGACCACGUGGAUUCUCCGCGCGUGGACGCUGCAGGAGGCGGUGCUGCCGCCGCGGGCGGAGUGUGUCAUCCGCUUCGAGCACAUCAUCGUGGAGGCGAUAUCAUCCGGCGGCGACCCCAGCGUCUACCCGGUCGAGGCGAAGCGCAGCGGCCGGAUACCGCUGCACUCGCUGCUGCAGCUGUCGAUGAGCGGGCGCGUCCACCACCGCUACGAGGGCGACGCGGAGAUGGGCGAGUACCCCGUGACCAUCUUCGGCACGAGCACGACGGCGGUGCAGCUGCGCACCGCGCUCUUGGGGAUCUGGCACUGCGGCAGCAGUGACCCCGACGGGCGCGAGAAUUACAUGUGGCGCAGUGCGCUGCUGCGCACCACCAGGGACGACGUCGAUAACGUCUUCAGCGUCAUGGGCCUGUUCGACAUACGGCUGGACCCGGCGAAGUACCCGACCCGCGAGACCGCCGCCAUCGGCCUGGCCCAGGCUAUCCUUGCUAGGGGCGGCCGCGCGAACUGGAUCAUGUCCGCCAACUCGAACACGCUGCCGCUUCCGAAGUUCCCGAAAGCACAGCUAGCCGGCAGCGGCCUCGAGGGGCCCGCGGUUGAGGAACUCGAGAACUUUCAUGCGUUCGGGGGAAAUUUCAACGCGGUGUUGGUGGAUACUCCGACAGGCUCUCUUGCCGACGAUGGAACGCUGAAGAUGUCGCUACCCAUGGCGCGUGUUCGCGUCGUGACCUCGGAGGAGGGCGAGGAACACGUGGAGUUCCUUGAUAGUGAAGGCAACCCUACUGGAGCGAAGACUGGCUUCUCAGGCGCGCCGGGAACUCAUGCGCUCCUCGUCGGGAAGCUAGUAGCAGUGCACUUUGUGGCCGUGUGGCAACUUGCUACGGAUACGGCGGUGGUACUGGUCGAGAAAUGUGGUCGCAAAGAUGGGAUGUGGCAUCGAACGGGCGUUACUGAUGUGGAACGAUCCGAGGUGGCGCAUUGCUUCAAGGACGCUGCUGUGGCGUUUUCACUCAAGUGUUGUGACGAUCGAGCCCAGUGAUCUGGCGGGAGGGGAAAGGAGGGGAAAGGAGGAGAAGUGGGGGUCGGGAAGGUCUGGUAGGUCUC